AUGGCGAGCGAGAAAGAUCAGAAGCAAAGUCUUGAUGUCGAGAAAAUAAACUCUAGAGAUGUUGAGGGCACAAUGACCGUCGAGUCAAUCUCGUUCAAGGAGCAGUUCAAGGCAAUGAAAACCCAUAAAUAUGCAAUACUAGCUGCCCUCGCCUGCUCUACCACACCGAUCCUUAUUGGGUACGACCUGACCUUGAUUGGCUCCAUUAUCGCAAACUCCAAGUUCGUCCAGCAGUUUGGUGUGUACGAUGAAGGCCUCCAAGCCUGGACACUUCCUGCGGGCCACCAACUGGUUUGGACCAUUGUCCAAUAUGUCUCGGCUAUUGUGUCCGCCAUAGGGUCGGGUAGUCUGAACGAUAUCUUCGGCCGUCGCAUUUGCUUCCUUAUCACCGUCGGUCUUACCGUUAUCGGUACACUAGUAGAACUAUUCUCCCCAAACUGGAAGGUUUGGGUCGUGGCUAAACUCUUCAUGGGAGCUGCUAUGGGUUCUAUGCAAGCCAACACACAAACAUACGUCUCCGAGAUUACCCCAACGGCUAUUAGAGGACUUACACUCUCGCUGUUUCAGUUCUGGAUUAUUUUGGGCCAGCUCAUUGCCUCAUGUGUUCUCGAGGGGACGAGCCGUGUCGACAGUCCUUGGUCCUGGAAAGGCGCUGUCGUAUCUCAAUUCGGUCCCGCCUUCUUUUGUCUAGCCGUCUUUAUUCCGUUUGUCCCAGAGUCUCCCUAUUUUCUCGUCGCAAAAGGCAGACUGGAAGAUGCAAGGGCGGCAAUUUCCAAGCUUCGGGCAGGGCAGAACAUUGACUGCGAGGAUGAGCUACGUGAGAUACAAGAGACUCUGGCCCAUGAACAGCAGGCCAACGAAACAUCAGCUUCCUUCAUCGAAUGCUUCCAGGGGUCUAACCUCCGUCGAACGCUCCUCGCAUGUCUACCAUUGGUGAUGCAGAUUUUCAUUGGCUACCCCCUCUGCGGCAAUUAUCUGUCAUACUUCCUCACUUUGUCGGGAAUGAGUAAUGCAUUCCUCAUUACAGUCAUCUCUGUAGUAUGCUCCCUAGUUGCGAGUCUUUUCGCCUUUUCCUUAAUUGAACGGGUGGGACGCCGAAAACAACUCCUUGGUGGUACUUACGGUAUGCUAGUCUGCCUCCUCAUUAUCUCACUGUUGGGAUUCCUGGGAGUGGGAGAGACAUGGAAUUACCGCGCCUUGGCUGCUUUCUGCAUCAUAUGGGCAGUCUUCUACUAUGCUUCUGUUGGUGCAGUGGGCUGGGUUAUAGUGGGAGAAAUCUCGUCUUCACGCUUGCGUGCGAAGACGACAUCCAUUGCCGCGCUUUCCAGCUCGUUAGUCAACAUGGUCUGGUCUAUUGCCAUUCCUUACUUGGUCAACAAAGAUAACGCGAACCUCGGGCCAAAGUCGGGCCUUUUGUUCCUUGGAUUUGGUAUCUUCCUGUGUGGAGUAUGCUUUUUCUGUAUUCCCGAGACCAAGGGGAAAUCCUUCUCUGAACUUGAUGCCUUGUUCGAGGCCCACACACCAGCCAUAAAGUUUUAG